CACUGUACUUGAGAGCGUUCACGGGACUCUAGCUGCGGAAGACUACGAUUGUCAGCGCCGCGAGGCCCGCUGCUGCUGCUGCUGCUGCUGCUGCUGCUGCUGCUGCUGCUGCUGCUGCUGCGUCCUCAGCCCUCAAAAACGCAAACAGCUCCGCGGCAGCCAUGGCGAGCGAUAACCCGGGCUUUGUUGACACUGAAAACACGACGGCGCCUCGUCAUGUCCGAAGGGUCGAACGGGAUGUGGACACAACACCGCAAAUCGCGGAGCCCUCCGGUGUCGAUGAGAAGAACGACAGCAGUGCGUUGCCCGCCGCUCCCGCAGACGCCGUCGCAGAGGAUAAUGCAACGCGAACCGAGGCGGUGAAUCAUGGCGGCCUCCAGGACCCAACAGAAAGAUUGGAGCCUACCGUCGAAGGAGACGAGACGGGCACUCAUUUGUCAUCCACUCAGGGCGAAGCACACAAAGCGGGGCAGUUGGUGAGCAGGUCACCAGUGAACGGGUCGCCAAAGAACGAGUCACCGGCGAACGAGUCACCGACGAACGGGUCACCAGUGAACCGGUCGCCAAAGAACAAAUCACCGGCGAACGGGUCGUUAGCGUACAGGAAGACGAGAAACGGUCCCGUCUCGGUGACGAGCGACCCUGCGGAGAACGGGAAGGUGGCGAACGGCCUCAAUGGAGCGGCCCUCAACGGCGCGAUGUGCCACUCCAAGGCCGAGGGCGCGGGCGACGCCGGCAACGGCCUCAACGGGGCGCUGGCGCUCAACAAGGGGAAGGCGGACGGUGACGGGGGCGGGGGCGAGCAGGGCGGGGCGCCGGCCUACCCGGCGGGCGAGGCGGGGCGCAUGCUGCGCAACGCCGUGGGCGUGGGCGUGGUCUUCAUGGUGCACUUCACCGCCACGCUGGGCGUCACGCACCUGCAGAGCUCCGUCAACAAGGAGCAGGGCCUGGGCACGAGCGCGCUCGCCGCGCAGUACGCGGGCCUCGUGCUCUCCAGCCUCGUGCUCGCCGUCUUCAUCAUCAGCAAGCUGGGCUGCAAGUGGACGAUCGUGAUGGCCAUCCUGUGCAACGUGCCGUACAUGGUGGCGCAGAUCUACCCGCACAUGUACACGCUGGUGCCGGCGGCCUUCCUCAUGGGGCUGGCGGUGGCGCCGCUGUGGAGCGCCAAGUGCACCUACCUGUGCGUCGUGUCGGAGGCGCGCGCCGCGCUCACGGGCCGCGCGCUCUCCGCCGUGCGCGACCAGGUCAUCGGCGUCUUCUUCAUGGUCUUCCUGCUCUCCAUGGUGUGGGGCAACCUCGUCUCCUCGCUCGUGCUGUCGCACGGGGAGAGCUCGCCGACCAACGCGUCGGUGCAGGGGCUGUGCGGCGUCGACUUCUGCCCCAACAGCGACGCGGCCAAGGACAACCCCAACCUGGAGCGGCCGCCGCAGGAGAAGAUCACGCUCAUCAUCGGCAUCUACAUCGGCUUCAUGCUGCUCGCCGCGCUCAUCGCCGCCUGCUACGUUGACUCGCUCAAAAGGUACUCGGAGGGCCAGCGCGCGAGCAGCGCGUCGGGGCUGUCGACGCGCGGGCUGCUGACGGCGACGCUGGCGCUGCACCGCCGCCGCGAGAUGCUGCUCCUGGUGCCGCUCUCGCUCUGGCUGGGCGUCGACUACGCCUUCAUCGAGGCAGAGUACACCGCGUCGUUCGUGGCGUGCGCGUGGGGCAUCCAGAACAUCGGCUACGUCAUCAUCUGCUACGGGCUGCUCAACUCGGGGCUGGCGCUGGCCACCGGGUGGAUCGUGGCGCGCGCGGGCCGCCGGCCCGUGGUGCUGUGCGCCGCCGUCAUGCACGCGGCGCUCAUGGGCGGCGUGCUGGCGUGGCGGCCCAGCCCCGACCACAAGCUGCUCUUCUUCGUGGUGGCCGCGCUCUGGGGCGCCGCCGACGGCCACUGGGCCGUGCAGCUCAACUCACUGUACGCCAUCCUGUUCCCCAACAUGGAGGAGGCCGCGUACAGCAACUUCCGCCUGUGGCAGUCGAUCGGCUUCGUGAUCGCCUUCUCGUACAGCCACUACCUGUGCACCGUCUACAAGCUGUACAUCGUGCUGGCGCUGCUGGUUGUUGGAGUGGCGGGCUACCUGGGCAUCGAGUACACGCGCCCGCACAAGGCGCGACUCGCCGACGGAUGAGGCGCCGGCCCAGCCCCGUGGCUCUGCACGCGUCCCCCGUUGCUGCCCACGGCCGAGGCCGCCUCGGGGCUCAAGUAGCCCCCGGGGAUGCCGUCCUAGCCUCGCCUCGCCUCGCCUCUCUUGCUUCCACGUCUCCGUCACCACCGCGUCUCCGUCACCACCGCGUCUCCGUCACCACCGCGUCUCCGUCACCACCCCGGCCCCGUCACCACCCCGGCCCCGUCACCACCUCGUCUCCGUAACUAUCCUGAGCCCGCUCCGUCAUCGCCGUUCCAUCAUCCCAGUCUGAGCUUUGCCAUUCUUUUCACCUGCGCAUAUGUCCGUGCCACACUCUCAUGUUCUCAGUUGAUUUGAAGUGAAACUUCUUAUGCAGCUCCGUCCUCUUGGGUAGUGAAAUGCUAGCUCAAAACGAAUAUGGACGUAGUUUCCCCUCCAUGGCAGUGCACAUGAAAUUGGCAGCGCUACGUGCCAAUUAAUGCCGAUUGUAGGGCGCCAUCUUACUAGCGCGCUGUUCUGAAGCUUUGGUUACAUUUGUAAGGCAGUUACGUUCUAUUCCUCAUGUUGUUGUUUUUAGGUACGAGAAAGAGUAGGAAAAUGACCAGCCAGUGUCUGAUUGUUUGGUAUAAUUUUAAAUAUUCUAAGCUUUAUUUGGUCGCUGAAACCCCAAAUAUUUGUGCGUACGUUAACAUUGUUCUUAUAAAACUUAAAUUACGUUUUAUUUAACAUCUACUAUUUUACAGUUUAUGGUAUUAUGGAGCCCUUAACGCUAUAAUAAUAAUUAUUAUAAACUAGCGCGAUUGUUCUGGUUUGGUGUUCAAUGAAUACAUAAUAUUUAGCAACAUUUAAAUAAUUUAACAAUAAAUUUAAUUUUUAUCAUAUUUUUUUCUUCCAAACUUUUGAAUCGAAAGGAACCCAUCCCGGCUACAUUGUUGAAAAUUUUGAAAUUGUUCGAAAAAAAUUGACCAUAUUCUAAAACUAAUAGUUGCUUUUCUGUUCCCUACUCGAAUCUGCAGAAAUUGUAAACUGAAAGUCAUAAAGUUCAGAUGUUUUCAAUAUUCUCUCAUAUGAAAGAGCUUUAUAUGGCAUAUAAAAUGUCACAAAACAAUAGGUUAGAAGGUCUUUCGCGCUCCAGAUAAAUUAUUGUUUACAUCAAUUAAGCGUCACAUGCCAACCGCCGGAUUUUAAGGACUCAAGCCAUUGCCGCCACACGUAGCUAAGGCUUCUGUUCAAACCUUUUUGAAGUGUCUCGAUUCGUUUGCCUGCAGUAUACGCUCGAAGUCAGAGAGUGGAGGGGAGGGAACGAAACUAUGGCGACUCGUCUAUUUUCUAAUUAUUAAACACUAAACUGUGGCUCGGAGCGAAAUGUAUUUCUUUAUCUUUUUCCCAAAAAAGCAUUAUGCUGCCCUAGUACAGCGGUGUUGCCGAUUAUUCUCAAUUAACAAUUUUUUCUUUCGAGAGCCAAUUGGUCUAAACUCUUGUUGGGAUAUUUUAAUUCGUUACAAGUUAUUAGAUUUAAACUAAUUCUCUUGCAAAUUUAUCUUUAUGCAAUAUUAUCCAGGCACAUAAAUAUUAAAUUUACCAGAAUUGCCAUUUUUGUGCAGUAUACACCACAUUUAUAACUGAUAUCUACUUCUUAAUAAAAUACAACUGAACAUUGUUACAAAGAAGGCAAUAUAUUACAAAUAUGUGAUUAAAAUAUACCGAUUUCUAAUGCAAAAAUAAUGCGUAAAAUAAUCGUUCUUUGAGAAAAAAUAAUAAAAAUGUAGGAGAAUUUUUUGGAUAAAUUAAAUCAUUAGAAACUAAUAAAAUAUCACCCUUGUCAGUCAGAAAAGUCUCCAAAUCACAAUUUCAAGGAACACAAAAUCAGUCAGGAACACUUCUAACAAUGCAAUUUCUUGCUGGUAAAUAUUACACUUUUCUCCGAGUUCUCAACUGCCUUCCCCCUUGCUUUGGAAUAAGACUAACAUUCUCCGCAGCAGUUUUCAUGUUUUCAGAGAGAGAAUCCUUAGAAGAUGAUGAAAAUGUAUAUUCUUCUAUUAAUCCUAUCUUUUUAUUUUUCUGUAUGUUUUUCUUCACUUCAGUUUUUGUAGGUUUUCGUUGCCUCCUAUUUUGGGGUUUUAAGGGAGUGUGUUCAGAAUUAUCUUCUUUUUCGACCUUUUCCUCCAAUACCUUUGCUUCAGCAUUUCUUCAGCAACCUUUGCUUCAGCAAUAUUAUCUUUCAAUUGAUUAGUGCUACUCGUGAGCUGAUAUAUUUUCUGCUUGGCGAGAAAACUGAUUAUCAACAAAGUUAUCCUGUAAACUGUAUGCCAAAAUAGUUUAUGAUACUGCAAUAUUGCUACUGACUUUUUAUAUUGCGGGCAGAAGAUUUCAUGCAGUUUUUAUUUUUUUUAAUCCUUGAUUCGAACCAAGCGUCAGAAACUUUUUAAAAAUCAUUAUUAGUAACUAAUAAUUUUCAUUGAUUUCAUCCCCCAUGCUUUUCACGCAUUACACCAAGACUUUGAAGUUUCACUUCAGUCGUUUGACCCAAGACACACAAGUUUCUCUUUCUUUUUCCUUGCCGUAUGACUCCACUUCUGUCUCCUCCCUGCGAUUUCUUCGCCGCCAGCGUACGUCGCGUUGCCGUAGAUAUUGACUACAUUGAGAGAUCUGCUCAUGGCAGAACAUUUUUUUCACAGCGCGCUUAGCCAGAAGAAAAGUCAAGGCCUUUGUCCCUUGCAAUCGAAUGGAAUUGAUAAUCAUCAUUAUGGUUCUACAAGAAUUGUAUGAAAUAAUGUGAUUUUUACAGUAGUAUGUUGCGAUUAAAUAUUUAUCAAAUAUCCUUCAUUUUUGUAUAAAGUCACAGAUGACGUCUGUAGAAAAUGAGAUUUUCUUGCCGCAUGAGCAGUAUUUUGUUAUCAAUCAUGCUUAUAUUAAUGUAGAAGAGAUCAUUAAUGCUGCCCGUAUUUGUGAUACAGAAAUGGUAUCAUUUAUGAUCCUUCAAACAAUAUGCACAAUAUCCGAGAUGUAUUUUUUCCAGUUGUUUCUUACAGUUUAUGUAGAACGAGUAGAACGAGAAUUCUAUUUCACAACGAACAGACUCUUGCGGCAUUUCACCACGUAAAUAAGUACCUUGGUUUAAUAAAUCAUGAACAAUUGUGAAAUAUCAAUGAAAGCGAAUAACAACAAUAGAAGAAAAUCGAAGUCUUCAUCGAACCGUUGAAAAAUAAUGAAAGACAAAAAAUGAUGGAAGAUUAAAGUUGAAUAUGUAAAAUAUUACAAAACGUGUGAUAUAGAUUAUACUCUUACUUACGCUACAAAUUGUCCACUUAUGCUAUGAAAGAACAUUCGGCAAACAAUGAACUACGGUUUACAAGCAUGAAUCGAGAAAUGGUAUACCUGUUAUAAAGAAAUACCUGUAUAUUCAUGAGGUAACAUUCUAUAGAAACCAUUUUAUCACUCUCUUAGGAAAAGGUUUUAAGGGGCCAACAUAUUAAUAUUUUUGCUAUGUGUUACGCAGUUGAAGUAAUGUUAUUUAUAUGAAAAAAGUAUGUUAAUUAUUAUUGAAUAAGAGAGAUGUGUGUAAAUAGUGUGAUCAAUAAAAAUAUAUAAAUAAUGUU